AUGACUCAAAGCUUGAUAAUGCAACAAAAUAUACCUGGAUCCGCCAAACCUGGGGCUUCCCAGAGGCCACUAGAGAUUGAGCUUUCACUUGAAGGGCAAUUACAGCAGGUCAUAGGCAAGCUUCAAACCUUUCAUGUGAAGCAUAGUGGUGCGGGUGACGGUGCAAUAUAUCAAGAUCCCAUCAACACUUCAAAGACAUUACGGCUCACCAAUAUUCUUCUCACAAUUUGGGCAAGAUCAAUUGGGGAUUUUAGUGUUGAUAAGUUCACCCCUCCUAAAGCCAAACUCUUUGGAUUGGAGGCAGUGAACUUCCAUCAACUCAAUCAACCUCCAUGA